UCCCUCUGUGUUGAAAAACAUCUCCAAUUUGCUUUUGUCGGCUAAAUUUUUUUGUAUAACCGAUAUUAACGCAAUUUUUUUAAUCAGCGACCAAGUACUAUGUCUAUGCGCCGAGCAAGUCACGCAGGAACCUGGUAUUCUGACAAUGCCCGAACUCUUAAUCAGAAGUUAGAAGAAUGGUUAUCUAAAGCUCACCCUUCGUGUCGACCAGCCAAAGCUAUAAUAGCACCACAUGCGGGUUAUCAAUACUGUGGUUCUUGUGGAGCUCAUGCCUACAGACAAAUCGAUCCAAGUAAAAUAAAGCGGAUCUUUAUCUUGGGUCCAUCUCAUCACAUGUACCUGCCUGGCUGUGCAAUAACAAGUUUAUCAAAGUAUGAAACUCCAUUGUACAAUCUUUCAAUUGACACAGAGGUAAAUAGUGAACUGUUUGCAACAGGAGAGUUUGAGAAGCUCAGUCAAGCUGACGAUGAAAAAGAGCACAGCAUAGAGCUUCAUUUGCCCUAUAUUGCUAAAGUUAUGGAGAGUAAAAGGGACCAGUUUAAGAUUGUUCCAAUUGUGGUUGGUUCAUUAUCAACAAAGAGCGAAGUUACAUAUGGCAAGCUUCUUAGCAAGUAUCUGGUCAGACCAGAAAAUUUGUUUAUCAUCUCUUCAGACUUCUGUCAUUGGGGAUCUCGAUUUAAUUACACAGUUUAUGACAAAAGUUGUGGUCCCAUUUAUAAAUCUAUAGAAGCUCUAGAUAGAAAGGGUAUGGAUGCCAUAGAAAAGCUUGACCCUGCCUGUUUUGUGGAAUAUCUGAAGAAUUCUAGGAACACAAUAUGCGGUAGACAUCCAAUAAGUGUCCUACUCAAUGCAGUGGAGGUCAUGCGACAGAUGAAUGGCGUAACCCAUCCAUGGGCAUUGGAAUUCAUUCACUACUCCCAGUCCAAUGCAUGUUAUCACAUGGAUGAGAGUUCUGUCAGCUAUGCUGCUGGUGUGCUGCAUCAAAAAGCACAGUGACAUUAGACAAAUCUAAUUUCUUCGUAAAAUAUGCCUUUUAUUUUUUUCUCCUUAUUCCAGAAACCUUUUUCCUUUGUAGCAGUCUCUUGUGUAGAACAGUCAGUGAUAUUAUUGUUCAGGAGGAAGAUAUUAUGGCAUCAUUUGGUAUUCUCAUGAGAGCCCUUUCUCUGUUAAACUGCAACUUUGUGUUUGUCUUAGCAUCAAACUUACCCAGCUCUUAUUUAGGCCUGCAGUUCUUUGAUAUCAUUGUCCUUCUGUUAAGAGCCAAGGAGUUGAUGAAUGAACAAGUAACAUCGUCCUCAACUCAUGCUUCAUUUUUUGCUUCCCAUGAAGAAUCCAGUGUUUUCAGGGUUUUACUUUAAUUUUUAGUUGUGUGAGGCACCACAGAGGUUUGGUGACAAUGUUUUGACAUUAAAAUCUUGUUGUUCAACAUAAGAGACUGGCUCAGUUUCCUCUAGCAGCAUGUCAUUUGACUUUUUUGGCGGUCUUUCAAGUUAAAUGGUUGACGACAAAGGGCUUUUGAGAACACCCAUAUUGUACGGUCAAAACCUGGUCACCAAACUUCUUCUGUGCCUCACCCAACUUAUAAUUGUAGUAUCACUUGUUGGUGCCAAAAUAUCAAAUAUUCCAAUUCCUGGACAUGAUUGAGACUUUGUGAAGAAACAGCAUUUGCUUCAUUUUCUGUUUUCAUAAUAUUAUGUAGUUCCUUCAAGUAAGCAAAAUUAUUUGCUUUCUGCCUGCUCAGAAUUUUGUCCAACUCCUUGUUUAUAACUUACUAUGCUCCCCUGCUUUGAUUAAAUGUGGAUAAAGUUGUUGAAAAAGUUAAUUAAAAAAUUGGAAGAACUAUUGGGAAAAAAGUUAUUUUCUUGGGUUUCAUCAUAGAAAUUUUUGCACUAUUUACUUCUUGGAAGUCUUGGUAUUUUUGCAACUUUGCUGUGCUUGAUUUUCAGUCAUUUUUGGGUACAUGUCGUCCUUCGUUUCCAGAAUACUGCUCAGUUCUUUGUUGUCAAGGCAGCUUCUCAUUGGAUCUCGCAAUUGAUUAUUUAGUGGUUAGAAUUUGGUUCCUAAAGCAUGAUUUUGAUAGGGCCAACAAUUCCCAGUAAAUCUAGCUCUGAGAAAAGGCUAAUGUUCAAAAUGUCAGAUUUAAGUGGCUAAUUUGCAUGAUCAAAUCAGUUGAUUAACCCAAAUUAUCUAACCAUUAGCUUAGAUUGAAGAGAUAAUACAAUAUUUUUGAAGAUGAACAUUCUAAUCAUUCAAGUAAGAAGCUUGCCCCAUGCAAUUCACCCCAGUUAAAAGAAGGAAAGGAAUUAGGCAGUGCACAAUAAUGGCUGAAAAUCAACCUAAAUUUUGCUGAAAGAGAAUUGGUUUGGGUAUUUAUGCACAUAGAAAUAAAGAGCUUCAGAGCUUCAGA